GCCGCUGACAAGGCCAAGAAGGCGGCAGUCGAAAAGGCCAAAGCCACAGCCAAGCAUAAAGAGAGCGAGGAGAAGGAGCAGGCAAAGGCCCGCAAAGCAGAGGAAGAGCGUGUGCGAAAAGAGGAGGAGGUGGAGCGCAGACAGCGCGAGGCGGAAGCCGACGCUGCAUCAAAGGCAGAAGCUGCAGCGAAAGCAGAAGCUGUGCAGGCCGUUGCAAUGCCGAGUGCAUCACUCGACAGGGAGGAGGAGUUUGAUGAUCCAGAGGAGCCUGAAGAAGUGGAAGCACUGAAGGAAGACGACAUUGACGUCGAGGAGGGAGAUUCGCAGCCUCA